UAAGAAGCUGCCAGUAUCAGAGUGCAGAGACCAUUAGUGUGUCAACCGUCGCGCGGGGAACUACAGCUACACCGCCGCCCAGCCUCGGGAGUCGUUCGCUCCGUACAACAGAGAAAGCUGAGGUUCAAUUCCAAGCUCAACCCUCCAGAAGAACCAGCCAGACGAGAAGGCGUCUUGGCCAUUCUGUGCUUCGACUACUACUGAUACUACUGCUCUCGUCGCGGAGUAACCUUUCCUUUCUCCAAUGUUAACCUUGAAGCCCUCUUAGCCAGGGAGCCAAGUCGAGCGGGUUCUGCCUCGUGUGACCACCAGUGUGACUGCCAGCCAGCGCUGACACGCCUUCCAGACUCUCUGGAGGAGAGCACGCCGUCGCACCAAGGGCGAUCUUCCAGGGGGAAAGAGACUUCAAGCACCGAGAGACCCCUCAGAGUAAGCACACGGCUUCCCCUUCGAAAGGACAUCGUCGUCGCUCAUGUUGGCUCCAAAGGCGGCCCUGGCUUGGGUCUUCGCCCCCUUCCACUUUCGCUUCUUGAAAGCAAACUAUAACGUGAGGUAGAAUCGGUCAGUUUCUUCGCCUGUUUCUUCCUUAAAUACAGUGUAUAUAAAAGGAGCAGAAAAGAUUCUGACAUUGCGUCUUUGUUUAAGUUGUAUGACGUCAGUGAAAAUACACCGUAAAGAAAGAAACUUACAGUGUUAAGUGACUGAGAAAAAAAAGACAAGAACAGAAAAAAAUACACUAGCCAAUUAAAACAACGCAAAUACAAAGUGAAAUCUGGAAGAAAGAGGACAAAGAUAGAAGAAAAGAAACAAAAAGUUAAGAACACAGAGAAAUUUCCCUUCUUUUGUGCCGAGAAUGUCUCCGUGUGGAGUACCCAGCUGAUAAAGGUACAAGGGAACAAGGUCAUGCGUUUCUGAGAUUGGACAUUAAAGGACUCAGCAACAGCUACACCCGACAAGAUGAUGAGACAAGAGUCAAGGAUCCGCUUCCUGGACGUGUCGCUGGACGACGACCGCAGAGAGACGGAGAAGGUGAGCCUGGCGACCAGCAUCCGACGCCGGUGCCUAUACGCCCGCAACAACGCCCCCAGGUUGGCAUUCACGGCAUCCUUCAUGGCAGUCAACACCGUGCUCUUCGUCACCAGGGCGUACCAGUAUUCCAACCGGAACCUGCUGGAGAUGGGCGCCAGGGCUUGCGGUCACUGCCUCAACCUGAACUGCUCCCUGCUGCUGCUGCUCAUCCUCCGGCGGACAGUGACCCGUCUGAGGAACUCGUGGCUCGGCCAAUUCCUGCCGUGCGACCAACACGUCCACUUCCACAAGCUGGCUGGCUGGAUGGUCUUCUUCCUCUCCAUCCUCCACACGCUCUUCCACCUGGCCAAUUUCGUGAACCUGAGUGAAGAGACAGGGACCAGCAUGGCCACGUACAUUUGGGACACUCGCCUGGGCAUCGGCUGGAUUGGAGGAUUGGCUAAUCCCACGGGCGUCGCCCUUCUCGUCCUCCUGACGAUCAUCGUUGCUUUCAGUCACCGUAUCGUCAGGAAGUCCGGAUACUUCGAGAUCUUCUACUGGACCCAUCUGCUGUCCCUUCCCUUCUGGAUCCUACUCGUGCUCCACGGUCCCAACUGCUGGAAGUGGCUCCUGUUCCCCGGAUGUGCAUUCCUGCUGGAAACGGCAGUGCGGAUCGCUCAGGUGUGCUCGGCCAGAGGGCAGACCCACGUCAUCAGGGGAUCAAUCAUGCCCUCUCAUGUUGUCAAGUUACUCAUCCGCCGGCCGAAAGAUUUCGACUUCAAACCAGGAGAAUACGUCUACUUGAACAUCCCUUCCAUCGCCCGUUAUGAAUGGCAUCCAUUUACUAUUUCUUCGGCUCCUGAACGAGAGGAUGUCUUCACCGUACACAUCCGGUCGGUGGGGGAAUGGACGCGGCGCGUCUAUGAUAUGUAUCAGCCUAACAGGAAGACCACCGAACCACUGAACAGCGACUCUCCCGAGCAGUUGCAAAAGAAGAUUACGGGCAUUUUGAAUCCGGCUUUCACCACCGACAAUGAUCAGGACGUCCCAGAGGACCACACGGCCAUCAAUGUGGACGACGAUGCGGACAAUACCAAGGGAGGGAGAUACAUCAACAACCUGCUGGAAUUCAACCGGAAAAUGAGCGUCUACGCGAGGCCAGCCCUGCUGCAGGUCGAAGCCGAAUGCAAACCGGCUGUAAAUGUGAUUCCCACAUCCAUCGAGACCAAGACCCAGCCUGUUGGCAAGCUAGAACGCAAGAAGUCCAGCAGCCUGUCCAACCUGGCCGCCUUGAAGGCCGCAGAAUGUCAUUCUCCCCAGCAGACUGACUCAGGCAGGUCCUCCUGCAACGGCAGCCACUCGAGUCUUGACUCGCUGUCAGACAACUGCACUGACAUCUUCCAGCAGCAUCAACACAGUAUGCACUGCGCGACGUCGGCCGAAUGCCAGCUGGGGGGAGACACCAGAAAGAGGAGACGCUCGUUGGGUUCUCAAAGGAUUGACGUACAAAACUCAGGGCCUCAAAAGAAGCAAGUUGUGGUUUUGGUAGAUGGGCCAUAUGGUACCCCGUCCACAAGGAUUUUCUCCGUGAGCCACGCUGUCCUCAUCGGUGCUGGCAUUGGGAUUACUCCGUUUGCUUCUAUUUUACAGAGUGUCAUGGCCAGGUAUCGUGCAGCAAAAGCGCCUUGUCCAUAUUGCCACCUGCCCAGCUGUGUAGCACUCCCAGCAACGCUAAGGAAGUUACGAAAGGUCGAUUUCGUCUGGGUGAACCGCGACUUAGGUAGCUUCGAAUGGUUCCUGGAGGUGUUGGCUGCCAUGGAGAAAGAGCAAAGGAUAGAAGGAGCAGCCAUGGAGGCCUUCCUCAGCCUUCACUUGUACAAGACGGGCUCCAUGCCCUUAAGACCAUCCUUGCCCUUGGCAUCCUCAAUCAGGCAUGGCAGACCCGACUGGGACAAGCUCUUCAACGGCAUACGUGAGUCGAGGAUAGGAAAGGUCUGCGUGUUCUACUGCGGUCCCCCGGCUCUGACGGGCAUCUUGAGGGAGAAGUGCAUUCAGUACAAGUUCGAAUUCAAACGAGAAAUGUUUUGAUGACUCCUCGACGUCAUAGCAUCGAUCUGCAAUUGCCAGAAACACCCCGGUGGUGAAUCUCAACUUGUGAUAUAUACGAAUAUAAAAGUGGUGUGAUGAUACUCUUCAAGAUAAACUUGGAAACCCGUGAUUUUUCAGUUCUCAUAACGUAAUUAGUGGUUUUAUCCGUGAUACUUUAUACAGUCAAACUCUGAACAGCACUCUGAUGCAAACAAUCCAGAUUAUUGUGCCAGUUCGUUAGCCUUGGUCGAACUCCAUAGCCAACGAAAUAUGACGACACAGAGAAUCGAACUAUUUACGAAUAAACUUUUCGGAACCGAGAAUCUCUCGGUGAACUUGGAAUUUGGUGUCAUACAUUUGACAUCGAGAAAAUCUUAAGUGUAUUGUGUGCCAUGUACGAACGAAUAAGAAACUGUUGCUAAAAUUUAUGAAAAAAACGAGAGAUCAUUGACUCACUGGGAGGAGAGGCGUUGACCUCACUGUCUGUAGAAACGAAACUGAUCAAAAGCUAUUUUCGUGACGUCACCCAAUAGAGAGUACAGAAUUUAAUCCUAGUAUCAUGUCACUGUGGACAGAGUAGGAACUAAUCUGUGAUUAGUGGUAUUUUCGUGUGUCACAGGAUUCAGGUAUGAUCUAUGAUUGGUGUUCUGUCCCUCCCCCUUUCUCUGAAUGUGCUUCAGGAGUUCUGUGUUCAGUGUUCUGUCUGGGCAUCCAUCCAUCUGCUCCCUGGGAGUUUGAAGUGGAUGGUGCCUUCCUAUACUCAUUGGGAAAAAAGCUGCUUACGUCACUCUUUGAAUUAAAAGUGCUGCUCUAAGUCAUCUCUGCGAUUGUAAAUGAGUAAAUAUUUGUGUAUAAAGCAUUAGUAAAUUAUUAUUAUAAUUAUAAUUACGAAACUAUUCUUACUAUUGUUAUAGCCUUUUAUUGACUGAUCAAUCACUUAAUUUGAUCUCUGCUACCGUAGGUUCUCAAUAAUUUACAUUUUAUUUGUACGUAAUUGUAUAUAUAUAAAAUGAUCUUGUGAUAGUUGUAUAUGAUCAGAUGUCCGCACGUCUCGUGAACGUUAUUUACCUCCGCUUAUGUACAUAGCUUAUUUUUUAAAAUUAAUUUUUAAAGAAUUCCCCCAGCUGUUAGUAUUAUUAUUAGCAUUAAUAAUGGUCAUGUCAAGAGGGAGCUGUACUGCAUUUUAAAGGCACUUUUAUACUUCACUUUUCAAUGUUUUAGUUUUUUUUAUUGGUUAGUCAUGUGAUUUAUUGAGUGAAAAUGUAUCCUGACCAUCUGUAUGUUCCCUCUCCCUUUCUUUCUGUCUGUUUCUCUGUACUUGAAAUAGUGGCAGGAACGUUUUCAGCUUGCACAAGAAAAGUUCGAAUUGUCUCAUCGUACUAUUAAAAUACUUAACCCCCAUCUAUAGUGUGAGGAUAAUCAUGGAAGCUCUCUAUAUUUAUCUGCGAUUUUUUUUAUAUUAAAAUUACAGUUCCUAUUUGAUCACCAUACUCAUCUCUUAGUGUGUUUUGAAUGAUUUCUUUGACUGUAGAUGGGUCUAGGUAAACGUAAACAGUGAAGCAGUACUAGCAGGGGAAAAUAAGAAAAUUAUUAUUAUUAUUAUUAUUAUUAUUAUUAUUAUUAUUAUUAUUAUUAUUAUUAUUAUUAUUAUUAUUAUUAUUAUUAUAGUAUAAUUUAAACUGCCCGAGGAGUUACAUUUAGGCUCAUUCGGCUCGUGCGUGCGAAUAAAAAUGGAAUAACGAGAUAGCUCCGAGUGAAUUGGUGACAAGUAAACUACAGAAAGCAGUGUGCACCGUGAAUCUGAAAGAAAUGGAUGUAUGUUUUGUGCGGGUUUGAAUGGAAACCGUACUAGUAGACUGAACUAAUUUAAGAUAUCAGGAUGCUAGUCUCAUGAUUUAAGGUAAAUGAAUACAACAACACUGGCGGGAGAUAUAAGAAUGUUAUUACAAAGUAGAGCUUCAGAGAAGUUAGGCUGAGCAUACGAGUCCGUUUCAAAAUGUGGCGUUAUUUUUGUUUUCCUUAUGAUUAUCAUUAUUGUUCUUUGUUUGCCGCCUUUUUAUUUUGCAAAACGGCUCUGGGAGUUUGGUUCCUUAGUUUCAAUUUUGGCGUCAAAGAGAAGCGUUAUGCCUAAGCUGGUCACACAGACUUUUUGGUAACUUUUUUUUUUUUCUUUCUUUCUUUUUUUACAUGGAACGUUGCCUCGUAGCUGGGACUUCGUGUCUACCCCAGAGAAAACGGGAUGAAGGGUAUUUAUUCUAGAUUUCUUAGCCUGCUUUAGUUGUUUCAGUGUUGCAUCGAAAAUUGUAUGUUAUUUAUGUAUACACAUUUACACCAAGAUAAUGUGAUAUUUAUUAUUAAACUAUUUGCAGUAUGAA